AUGCAGUGCAUAUCUCCAAUAUAUCUCAAAAGUAGUUGUCAUCAGUGGGUGAUGCCUUCCGGAUGUUACAGGUCACCUUACCGUCUUUAUCGACCGUAUCAGCUAGAAGUACCACCGCCAUCAGCACUUGUUAAUGGUUCUGCUACACUUUACCGUACUCCAAAUCUUGAUGUGUUAUCUGAAAUCAAUCGGCGAUCGCGACGAUUAGAACGUAUUGUAUUUUACCAAAAGAUUUUAGCAAUCACUCAGGUAUGCGAAAUAUGUCAACCAAUUUUUUUCGUUGUUGCAUCAUUCGUUUUGUUAUUUUGUGUUUUGCGACCAACCAAAUGCACAUCGCAGAUUGCAAUUGCAUCACUUGUCGCAACAAUAGCGCCACUUUUAAUCUUUCCAACUCAUUCGCCAUUUGUAAUCAGUAUGUUUAACAGCUUUUAA